UCAUCUCCGUACACACCUUGUGUAGCACUAAAAGAAAUAAGUAUGACUACAGGUCUCGAAGAAGUAACCCCCAAAAAAGUAGCAUCGGAAAGUGAGGGAAAAGUUGUAAAGAAAAGAGAAUUUUCAAUGGGAUCUGGCAGUAUAAAGAAAAUAAAUGAACCAGCACAUAUCAAAAUGCUACAAAAAAAGAAAGGUUGGUACACAGCCAAGUUUUAUCUUGUUAUACAUUUGUUAAGUUACAUAUUGUUGAAAAAAUUAUACUGGCAUUUUUGUUUCAGUGACUCCAAGAAAAUUAAUAAAAAAAUCAUCUGCAGAGCAGUUAAAGAACACACAAAAAAAAAAGUCAGAAUGCUGAUUUGGACAGAAAAAAGCUGAUGAUUGAGAUAUUAAACAUCAAAAAAGAGCAUGAACUUCGGAUGCAGAUUCUAAAAGCAAAACAGUGGAGACUAGAAAAACAUUAGGCUCCACUGAUUUGCUUUUUUUAAAUCUUCAUGUUCAUAUGAAUUCAUUUUUAACAUUUUUCAUACUAUUGUUAGCCACAGGAAUAAAAACAUAUUUCGCA